AGCCACUUGUGUAUUUAGUCUUUAGCAAAAGAUCAGCAAAGAUGUUGAUCCUCACUUAUAUCCUGGCGAUUUGGCUUUUGUGUCUGCCGCUGAAGGCCAGCGCCGAGUGCUGCAGGCCCGUAUCCAUAAUCUUCCACCUGGCGAAAACCGAAUAUCCAAUUAAUUGUGCAAUGUUUGGAGGCACUGAGGACUUUAACUACACAUGCAAAGCGAGGAUAUGCGGUGACGGCAUGAAUGUGUGGGGCGCCUGGUGCGGCAUGGGCAAGUGCAAUCCGCGUGGCUGCAGCUGCCUAAUGGGCUGCAUAUCGGGCGAUCCAAUUAUGAACUUCCGCUUGAAGCAUGGCCUGGAAAACUUUGUCUAUGUGGGACCUCAAACUGAAACUUACGAUUAAUAAACAUGAUAUUAAUACCCUUUAUCGGCUUUACUCACAAAUGCUACCAGUUUGUGUGUAUCUCGAAGAGGAAAUCGAUUUGCAUUGUCAUAAUCCACACA